AUGCCGUACCCAUCGGAAAAAGAAAAAGAACCACCAAGCCUAGUAGCCGAAGAUGGCGAACUCGCACCACCGUCUUAUGAGGAGGCCGUCCCGAAUGCCGCUCCAGCUGCGCUACCGGAAUAUGACGCACCGUCCUAUGACAACGCCGCCGCCGGCCCUUCAACAUCUGCUACCCUCAUCGCGGCGACGAGCAAAUUCCCGCCCACGUUGAACGGCUACUUCCAAUGGGCCUUCACAAGAACCUUUCUCCUUGGCCCCACUGCGGAGGAAAGGCUCUUUGCUGCCUCUCCGCGGUCAGGUUUCCGCAGUAAACAGCGAGAGAUCAUCUUGUACGAUGGGCCUUCCGACAAACACCCCGUUCUCGCGACGAUCGGGAAGAGUUGGACAGCCAUGGCCAGCGUGCCUGCGAAAGUCUCGAUACUGCCUCGGCCAGACAGCGGCGAGACACGCCCUUAUGAGACGGAGAUAAGCGGUAUUCCCUUCAAGGUGGACCAAUCGUCGGCGAGCAUCUUCUCAGUGACUGUUGGAGGGAAGGCAACGGGAACGGAACCAAGGGAGGAGAAAUUCCAAUGGCGGAACAGUCGCGGGAGCGAGGUAAAGGAGCUUGGAAAGACCUUCUCGUACGGGUGGAAGCUGGUGCGGCUAUCCACCCCGGCUGCCCCAGCUGCUGGCGGAAGCAGAAGCGAGAGGGACGUCGGCUUCACCAGCGACGGGCACGAGGUCGUUGCAAUCCUUGCGACGAACAUGACGAGCCUGACCAAAGGGCUCAAGUUCUCGUUCAUGGGACGAGGCCUCAAGGGGGCCUUCGGUGAGAGAUGGGAGGUUGUGGCUCUUCUCACGGGGCUGUGGGUCUGGUAUACGCAUGUUGAGGGCGAGCACUGA